AUGGCGUGCGUGUUUCUCGCACCUUCGCUGUCGGGAGGAGGCUUAGGCCUGCUCCUCCCAGACAGACGUCAAUGGAAUGCUGCUGUUGGUUCGAUCGGCAGGGAUCCGAACCUCAUCACCAAGGAGAUCCUGAGAAACACAUCCACCAUCAAGAUUCUCUUCCCCCGAGGUGCUUCCGAGCUGGGAUCGUACUCAGGCCAGUUCCUAUUGAAUUACUUGGGAAAGAAGAACGGUAUGGACACCUCUAGGACCACUGUCAUCAAGCAGACUCAGAGCUUCGCAAUAAUUCGCGGGCCCAGCUCAAUACUGAGCAGAUUCGCUACGGACGGUCGAAUAUUCCUGGGUUUAGCAUCCUGUAAGGUAGCCAAGAUGAGCAGCAAAGGUUCUCUGUGCUAUCGCUGUGGGCGCUACCACCCAAUAGGAGGCAACAACCCUUGCUCCGCACCGGCCCGCUGUGUCCGCUGCGGCGGCCAGCAUAGCCUAGAGCUCUGCCCUCAACCUAAAUACUUCCGAGGGUUGAGAUCCUGCUCCAACUGUGAUGGACCACACAGUGCUAUUGAACACUGUUGCAAGCCUAUCUACGUCAGGAAUGGUAAUCCUCCGAGGAGGGAGACCACGGGUAGGGAGGUUCCCACUACCGCAGAUGAUCGAUCUGAUGGCACAGCCGUUGAUAUGGCCGUCGAUGCUCUCUCUCCCGUCGCAUUGGAAGACGGGAGAGAUGAUUAA